GGCAUGCCGGACGUGUCCCCCAGACCCCGCCCUCGCCCUGGCCAUGGUCGCCACGGCCCUCCCCCUCACGUGGUGGACCGACUCGUCGGCAUGCUGGAGCGGUUCUUCGAUGGACGCGAGACGCCAGAAGGCAUCGAGAGGCUCCUUCAGCGUCUGGCUGGUCUUCGUCCCGGCGCCGGCGGCCGUCCCGAGCGUCCCGGUGGCCGUCCCGAGCGUCCCGGAGCCGGCGGCCGUCCCGAGUACCCCGGUGGCCGUCCCGAGUACCCCGGUGGCCGUCCCGAGUACCCCGGUGGCCGUCCCGAGUACCCCGGUGGCCGUCCCGAGUACCCCGGUGGCCGUCCCGAGUACCCCGGUAGCCGUCCCGAGUACCCCGGUGGCCGUCCCGAGUACCCCGGUAGCCGUCCCGAGUACCCCGGUGGCCGUCCCGAGUACCCCGGUGGCCGUCCCGAGUACCCCGAAAGCCGUCCCGAGUACCCCGAAAGCCGUCCCGAAGUACCCGAAAGCCGUCCCGAAGUACCCGAAAGCCUCCCUCCACCUGAAGUGCCAGAGAGCCGCCCUGAAGUACCAGAGAGCCUCCCACCGCCGGAAGUACCAGAGAGCCACCCUGAGGUACCCGAAAGCGGAGGCCCUCCCGGAUUUCCCGAAACCGAUUACGAUGGUGAACCCUUCUUCUAUCCUUAAACGAUCUAGAUUCGCUAUAGACGAUUCAAGCAUAGCGAUGUCCUAAAAGCUGAUAGUAAAGAUGCGUUUACCGUAAAUUGCUACUGUCUGUCUGUCACCAUGAUUGUAGAACUUCUAGAAGUCAGAAUAUAGAUGCAUGAAUGUAGAAGACAGCUAACCCUGUUAAAGUGAAAUGUUUCAGGCUACUUGUUUGGUUUUGGUAAUAGGUUAACGCUGGUUCGUAUUUGAGAGUCAUCAUAGUUUUUGUUGUAUCGGAUACUUUCUACUGUAAAAAGUUGUAAAAAGAUACACAAUGAGGAAAGAGGCGGUGCCUCUGUGGCAUUAUGUAUGUUGGUGUGAUGUACAGGAAUUUUGCAAUAAAUUGCUUAAAACCUA